GAAUUAUCCAUUUCCGGUUGGUUAGGUCAGGGCACGUUGAUUUACAGUAACACGUCAACAAGUUUUUUAGUGGGUGCUUGAUAAUUCUGAAAGGCCAUCCAGCAAAAAAAAAAAUCAAAAUUCUGUAUUCAAUCUUCCGCCAUUGUGCCCCUAAGUUCCGUCACCAAGUGCUGUUCAGAGCUCUGACAGGAAGCCAACAAACCAUGACAGAGGCAGCUAAAUACAAUGUGAUCUUUGUCCUUGGAGGUCCUGGGGCAGGAAAAGGCACACAGUGCGACAAGAUCAUAAGGAAGUUUGGCUAUGUACAUCUAUCAGCCGGUGACCUUCUACGAGCGGAGAGGAAAGAUAAACAAUCUGAGCUUGGUGAAGAAAUUGCACGUCACAUCGAAGUUGGAUCCAUUGUACCAGUGGCUAUAACGUGUGCAUUACUUCAAAGGGAAAUGAAAAAGGCAAAGGAAAAUGAUAACAAAGACAGUUUCUUAAUAGAUGGUUUUCCUAGAAACAAGGACAAUCUAGAUGGCUGGAAUAAGGAAAUGUCCGAAAAAGUAAACCUGAAAACAGUCCUUUUCUUCAAUUGUCCAGAAGAUAUUUGUGUCGACCGAUGCAUAGAACGAGGUAAAACAAGUGGACGCUCAGACGACAACAGGGAAAGCCUAAAAAAACGGUUACAGACAUAUACAGAAUGCACGAUGCCAAUUAUAGAGCACUACAGAAGUAUGAACUUGGUCAGCGAAGUAUGUGCAAAAAGAUCAGCGGAGGAGGUUUUUGAAGAUGUGGAAAAAAUCAUAUCAGGAUUAUAAUAACAGGCGUUAUGUUUAAGAAGAAUUAAAGUUGUUGCUUUGCCUACAAAGCUUUCAAGCCAUGGCAGUGAGGGAUCAUUAUUAGUUAUGUAGAUGAGAUACUAGUGAACAUUAAUACUAUUUCUAAUAUAGCACUCUAGUAUGUGGAAUUGUACAAUAUUUUUGGUAAACAAUUAAUUAGCAUACAGUAAAACCUAGCUAUACUGCCACCAUUUGUCAAGAUAAAUUUUGGCAUUAUAAUGGGGUAUGGCAAUAUAUUGAGGAAAGUUUAUCAAAGAAUUCUUAAGAAAACAAGAAAAAAGUCACAUUGAAAUAUAUUGGUGGUAAAUGAAGGCGCAAAUGAAGCGAAGGGCGUUAUAUUGCGGAGUUACUGUAUGAUGUACAGUGACAUAGGGUCUCUUAUAAAUCUUGCCUGUAUUUGUGUUUCCAGGCAAGGAAUUGUCAUGAAUAUGACACUCUAUAGGGAACUUUAUAGAGCUGUAGUGGUUCAGUAUAAAUGUGUUUUACUGUAUAAGUACUCAAUGUAAUUCUUUCUUUCCAGUUUUUUGGAUUGUCUUUUUUUCAGUGCCUUCUGCACGGAGUGCAGGGCACAUAUUACUACAUCCUCGAAACUCCAGGGGUUAUGUUCACUUUUGCUCUCUGCACCCCUGAAAUAUUGUCAUAACAAAAUUGAAGGCACACUACUAGCUAUUUGAUUGGUCUCGAGUAAAAAACAACUGACCAAUCACUUGAAUCUUUUGAAGAUUACAGAGGAGCAACACCCGAAAUCAAAGCCAGUCAUUUUACCGUUACACGACUGACAGAUAUUUUAAUGUUACAUCAAAGGGUCAAACUAGUCUCCUCGUCUUCUCCAUCACAUAUUCCUGGGGGGCAGAUAGUGAAAGUGAGUUUAACCCCUGGAGUAUCGAGGAUGAUAUUACAAUGUACUAAUGUAAGGGCAUCUAAAGGCAAUGGGAAAAAAGGAAGCUUGCUCUGCACAUCAUGUUUGUAAUCUUGUUUUCUCAUUUCAGUAAAGGUAGCCAGGUGAGGGAGACACAGAGCCUACUUAUCUUGGUGUCUGUAUGAAAUAAAGGCUAUGUCCACCUAACCAAGUAAAAUGACAGUAAACAAAGUUAUUUCAUUAAUCUCUCACUGUACCUUAAGUCUUGUCAGUGUUUCAAUCAGAAAAGUGCAACAAGUUUCUAAUAAAUGGCGAUAUAAUUAAUUUUGUCAAUAAAUGCCUUAAUAUGCCUGAAUAAUAUAGCCUAAUUUUUACAGUCUGAAUGGGAUAACUUAGAUAUAUCUUGAUUUUUAGUCUCAAUAAAUUUUCUCUAUUACUCGUACAGUCUCAUGAAUUAAAGUAAAAUUUAAAGCUCCUAAUUUGCUGUGAAAAUCUCAAGAUACAUGUAUUUGUCAAUAAAAUUAGGUACCAGGUCAUUAUCAAAUUCUUUAUGUAUAGUAGAAGUACCACAGGAUAAUGAGGCUAUCUGACUAUUAGAUACCGAUCACAAUUUCUUUUUUUUAAUACAAUAUUAUUUACCACAAAAAAUACCUAUCACCUUUCAUUUCUUAUGCUUAAGACAUUGCAGGAGCUUUUUAACACUCAGGAAAGUUUGAGUAUAAAUUUUACUUUUACCUUCACGAGUAUGUGAAUGUAAGAGCUUCAUCAAACAUAUCUAUACAUUUGACACUCAGUACUAGAUUUAUUACAAUAGUUAAAUGCCAGCAAGCUCGAAGGACCAUUACAUUGCAGUAGAUAUGUCACUGGGAAGCUACAUCCUUCAACAACUUAUCUAUCCUGAAUACUUUGAAGCGUCGGUUUUUAUUACUUACAAAUUUUGGUAUGUCAUUUGAUUUCUUGUUGGACUUUUUUGAAGUAAUGUUAUUAACAAACUUUUAUCAUUCUUGUUUUAUUCAAUACAGUAUUUACCAAAAUAGUUAUUAGCUUAUGGUAUGCUAUUGGUUUCUGUUAUUAC